GUCGGUGGUUUCUUCUGUCCUGUAGUGAAGCUGAACGGAGGCAGACAUGUGCAGGGCAUCCUCCGAGGGUUUGACCCCUUCAUGAACCUGGUGGUGGACGACUCUGUGGAGAUGGGACCAGGAGGACAGCAGAACAGCAUCGGCAUGGUGGUGAUCCGAGGGAACAGCAUCAUCAUGUUGGAGGCGUUAGAGAGAGUCUGAUCCUCUUUUUCUGAUUUUAUUUUUAGAUUUUGUAUUUUUGUUUAAAGCGGCUGAGUCCUGAUCUUUGUUUGAGCUGUUCAUGUGAAUAAAUCUGUUCUUCUUUGUA